AUGGAGUCUGCUGCCCGAGCGCGGGAAUGGUCUCGCAGGGGAUGUCGCUGUGAAGCUCCAACUGCACCACAUCCUGCUGCACUGCUGGGUAUUGAGGAAGUAGAGAAAGAAAAAGACAGAAAAGAGAUUAAAGAUGCUCCUUGGGCUUGUGAUCAGUUGUUCUCAAAGUCCCUGUCUGAGGUUGCUGCUUGAUUAGCCACUGAACAGAUCAACAGAGAACCAUCAUUUGACCUCAGUUUCUCUUUUGAAUAUGUGAUUCUGAACUUGAACAAUAAAACAAAAUUUAAAGACUGCCAGACUUCCAGGGCCCUCUCCAGUUUCAUUUCUCACCACCAGAUGGCCUCAGGAUUUUUUAUUAGUCCUGCCAACCCUGGCUACUUAGAGGUAGCUGUGCUCCUCAGAAACAUCUGGGACAAAGAGAUUUUCUCUUGGGCUUUUAUUCAUUAUGAAUUAGACAAUAAAAAUAGCUACCCGACCUUUUCUAAGACACUCCCAUCUCCCCUGCGUGUGCUGUUAACUGUGAUGGAAUAUUUUCCGCAUGCUGGAGCUCAUACUGGAGUAACUUCCUCAGAUGAAGACUUUUGGGUGCAUAUAGCUAAUCAAAUUACAAAUUCUCUUUGGAGCCAUUGCUUACUUGUAGAGGUCGUCCUGACCACAGGACAAGACAGCCAAAGCAUUCAGAAAGCUCUCAAUCAGAUUUGACUGGUGGAGGGAAUUCACAUAAUCAUCAUAUGUAUGCAUUCAGCACUGAUUGGGGGUGAGACUCAGAUACAUCUCUUGGAAUGGGCUCAUGAUCUGAAAAUGAUGGAUGGAACCUAUGUUUUUGUUCCCUAUGAUGCCUUGCUCUAUAGUUUGCCCUAUAAGUGUACCUCCUACCAGGUCCUGAAGAACAACCUGAAACUCUGGGAAGCUUAUGAUGAUGUGUUGCCCAUUACAGUGGAGUCUCAAGAAAAGACCUUCUAUCAAGGUUAUACAAAGGAAGCAGCUAGAGGUGAAAUUUCUGAGAAACUAGAGUCAGAUUGAGGUGAUUGGGUGUGGCUGAAAAAGUUCCCCUCUGGAGAUUUUGGACAUGGUAACUCCAUCAAAUCAAGUGCAAGUGAGAUGUUUGAAAUGUUGAAGGACCUGCAUCACAAGAAUAUUAACCCUUUCUUGGGCUUCUUCUAUAACUCAAGGAUAUUUGACAUUGUGACAGAAUUUUGUCCUGAAGGCAUACUGAUAAAUGAGGAUGUGAAACUAGACUGGAUGUUUAAAUUAUUAUUCCUGCUGAAUCUCAUCAAGGGCAUGAAGUACUUACACCACAGAGAGUUUGCUCAUGGGAGGCUGAAAUCUUGGAACUGUAGGGUAGAUGGGAAUUUUGUACUAAAAGUGACAGAUUAUGGCUUUAAUGAUAUCUAGGAAAUGCUAAGACUCUCCCAAGAGGAACCUUCUGCUGAAGAGUUACUGUGGACAGCCCCUGAACUGCUGAGAGCCUCCAGGGCCAGAAGGUCAGGUUCUUUUGCAGAAGAUGUCUAUAGUUUUGCCAUCAUCAUGGAAGAAGUUAUGGUCUGGGGAACCCCAUUCUGUAUGAUAGAUCUACCUGCUGAAGGUAAGCAAGAGAAAAUCAUGAUGAGGGACCUAUUGCUGAUUAUUAAACUUUCUCUGGAGCUGAGUCAUAGCCACAGUCCUAAUGCUUUUUUCAAGACUUAUCAGUUUAGUGAUGAUGAUGAUGAUGAUGAUGAUGAUGAUGAUGAUGAUUCCUAUGAUCUUCUCGAAAAGUACUCAGUGUCGUCGGCCCUCACCUGGGCUGAUGAACGUGUAGAGACCACUGGAGAUGUUUAAAUGGUGGCCUCAGGACUCCCAAAAAGGAGUGGCAGUAAGCAUUCAGCUGAGAUUGCAAACUCGUCCAUAGAUAUCCUGAGCUCUGUCGAUAUCUUCAAGACCUGGUGUGUUCCAGAGGUGCCAAUAUGGAUUUGAAUAGACCUGCACUCAGCUUAUUGCAUUCAUGUCAGUCAUAGCACCGUGACAAUUCUUUGAGCUCUGAGUGAGGGAUAUGAAGUGGAGCUUCAAGGAACCACAGAAAUCAAGGUCAAAGGAGCAGAAGAGACCUUUAGGAUGAAGAAAAAAGGCUUCACAAAGCCUCUUGUGGCCCCACUAGUAAGCAAAGAUGGGCAAGUGGGCCAUGGCCUGCAACCAGUAGAAAUUGCAGCCUUCCAAAGAAGAAAAGCAGAAAGGCAGCUGGAUUAUUUCACUUAGCAUAAUGCCAUCCACGUUCAU